AUGCUGGAAGCUGCCCGGAAGCUGCAUGCAGCCGCACAAAAGGCAGCCGUGCACGAGUCAACCAGGGUGACCAGAGAUGACUCACCUCUGCUGGACACAAAGAGCACAGAGGGCAAGAAUACAGCUGAUGCCAGCGCUGGCGGUGAGAAGCCAGAGGAAGCUGGGCAGGAGGAGAAACCAGGAGAAGCUGGGGAAGCUGGCGGGAAAGAAGCAUCGGCUGAGGUGCAAGACGAGGUAACGCAAGGAGAGCAGCUGUGCGCAAAUGGCGGCGCUUAUAUCGGAGGCUUCAAGGGUGGAAAGAGGCAUGGCAUCGGAAUCUGCCGGCAGGUAAAUGACUACAGCUAUGAGGGCGAGUGGGCAAACGACCAGAUCUGCGGCCAGGGCCGGGAGACUUACCCAAAUGGAGACUCCUAUGAAGGCGGCUUCCUGAGUGGCAUGCGGCACGGCUUUGGCUGCUACCGGACCGAAAAGGAUGUGGUGUACACUGGACAGUGGAAGCAGAACAUGAAAGAGGGUUUGGGGGAGAUGAACUAUUCCGGCGGAGGUUUCUACUGGGGUAAUUUUGCGAGCGACAAGCCAAACGGCCGCGGCAGCUACCGCUACGGCGACGGCAGCGCGGCUACGGGCACGUUCCGUAACGGGCUGCUGCAUGGAGCAGGGUCCGUAGACUUCCCGGACGGCAGCGCAUACACUGGAAGCAUUAUCCCAGGUGUGGGGGAUUUCCACGAUCUGGGGGCACUGAGAUAUACAAACUGGGCGACUUACAUUGGGAAAUUUGAGAAAGGGUUGCGGCACGGCCGGGGGAUUAUGACGACAGCAAAGGGCACGGUCUACAAUGGAGAGUGGCGCAGGGGCGAACUCAACCGCAACAGCUGCACAACCGUUGUUUCAAAGAAGGGCCCGGCAACAGGGUCAAUUGCUAUGACUGCAGCCGCAUAG